GGCAGAGUGUAGCUGCGCCGUCAGUUAGUUUACUGUUUGAAUGUGAUGAGCUGCAGCCCCAGUACCGGAACGACGAGCGGGGUUCUUUUGUGUGUUUUUGGACCUCAGCUAACGGUGUGAAGGACUGACAGGCGGCUUUUUCUGUGAGUGUGUGUGAGUGUGUGAGUGUGUGUGAGAGUGUGUGAGAGUGUGUGUGUGUGUGUGUGUGUGUGUGUGGCAUGUGAUACAGACAAGAGGCUGAGGCGUGUUCAUGUCUCACGGACGUUACCGGGAAAAAGAAAGGAGGAAAAGAGGACGAAGAAGAAGAGGCUUUCUUUCGUCUCGUCCUGUGUGUGGAUGUGACUCGGGUUCAUGACGACAUGACGGAGCAGCCCUGCCUGUGGAUUUUAAGGGGCUCUUGCUAGCUGUUGAACGGCUGUCCAAUUAAACGAACAAUGACUUAGAGGGCAACAUUUUUUUCGUGCGGACCGUGAACGCAUCUUCAUUCUGUGGCUGAAGCUGGUUAAACACAUUAAAAACGCGCAGGGUGGAUCAGUUCAGGCGCGGCCAGGAGAGCCAACAAUGCGGAUUACCCUCUUGACUAUUUGCCUUUGUGUCAAGACAGACUGCGUGAAGUUGAGAUAAGCCUCACAGGGAGACAUAUCUGGAUCAUUAAUUGUAUUAAAUAGUCUUUGGGAAUAAGGAGACAGUGCCUUGACGUGCAGUGCAAACCCCACAUGUGCACAGGUUGACUGUGAACCAGCAAACUGACUGAAAAAGGAGCAACAGGGACAACCAUGGCGAACGACUCCAUUCAAAGUGAUCCAGGGGGGCUGUCGGUUCUGGAGCAGCUCGGCCUGGACCAGAACUCUGAUUUCUCCGACUCCAGCGUGCAGCAGCUGUUGGACGAGCAGCGCGAGAGGAUCCGCAGAGAGAUCCGGAAGGAGCUGAAGAUCAAGGAAGGAGCCGAGAACCUGCGCAGGGCGACGACUGACAAGAGGAACGCUCAGCAGGUGGACAGUCAGUUGAGAUCUUCAAACCGCAGGCUGGACGACCUUCACGCUCAGCUGCAGGAGCUGGACGCUCACAUCGUGGUGAAGGGAGGAGAGGAGAACAAAGAUGAGUGUCCUCAGUCUCCGGGGGCCGCGAGUCGGACGUCAGCGCACAAGGAUCGCAUCGCCGCCCUGGAGAGGCAGCUCAACAUCGAGCUCAAAGUCAAACAAGGGGUGGAAAACAUGAUCCCCAUCUACUCCAAUGGAUCCACCAAGGACAAGAAGAUGCUGCAGACGGCCCAGCAAAUGCUGCAGGACAGUAAGACCAAAAUCGACAUCAUCCGCAUGCAGAUCAGGAAGGCUGUGCAGGCCACGGAGCACAACGACGACACACAGGGUAACCAUGACCUCUGCGGGGUGGAGCUGCGUAUUGAAGAGCUGAGGCAUCACUACAGGGUCGAACAUGCCGUCGCUGAGGGGGCCAAGAAUGUGCUCAGACUCCUGGGGGCCAACAAAGUCCAGGACAAGAAAGCUCUGUCAGAGGCGCAGUCUCGUCUGAGCGAGGCGUCUCAGCGUCUCGACCUGCUGAGGGACGCUCUGGACCAGCGACUAGCGGAGCUGCCGGAGGACCACCCCAAAGCCAACGUCAUCAAAGAGGAGCUGGUCCUGGCCUCCUCUCCUGCCUUCAGCUCUCGCCACGGCGCCCCCUACCUCCACAACCAGUACAGCACCCUGAACAAACCCUCGCCUCUCACUGGUACCUUACAGGUGCAGCUCCUGGGCUGUGUGGGCUUGUUGGAGGCGGUGCCCGGUCGUAAUAAAGGGAGCGCCGUCAUGCUGCCGUGCUACAGCCCCGGAGACACCCGGUCCUUCAUGAGGGGCAGCAAAGGACUGUACGGACGGAGCGGCUCGGUCAGCGGAAAGACGCCAAGCAAGACGGACGAGCUCUGCUCUGAGGUGAGUGCUGUGCUGAAGCUGGAUAACACAGUGGUGGGUCAAACCGCCUGGAGGACUGUAGGAGAACAGGCCUGGGACCAGACCUUCACUGUGGAGCUGGAGAGGACGAGGGAGAUGGAGAUCGCUGUUUACUGGAAGGACUACCGCUCGCUGUGCGCUCUGAAGUACCUGAAGCUGGAGGAGUUCCUGGACAACCAGAAACACACAGUUCAGCUGGAGCUGGAGCCGCAGGGCCUGCUGCUGGCCGAGGUGACCUUCUUCAACCCGGUCAUCGAGAGAGUCCCUCGCCUCCAGAGACAGAAGAAGGUGUUUUCUAAGCAGCAAGGUAAGGCCUUCCUGCGGGCGCGUCAGAUGAACGUGGAUAUUGGGACGUGGGUGAGGCUGCUGCGAAACGCCAUUCCCACCUCCAACAACUCAGGAACCUACAGUCCUCACGCACACAGCCUGACUCUUAACUCUGGGGAGGUCUCUGUGGAGAAGUUGAGUUUGGACAGCGACUCGCCGAUACGAGGCGAUUACAAGAGAGACGCGGACACACACACCCCGGACCGACCGCCUGUCAUCGAGCCCUUCUCCCCCCCAGACCUCACCCCUGAGUGCCCCGCCCGAACCCCGCCUGUCAGCAGUAAGCAGAGGAAAGGUCCUCUGUCUCUUCAGGACUUCAGGCUGAUCGCCGUGUUAGGCAGAGGACACUUUGGGAAGGUGUUGCUGUCAGAAUACAAGAAAACGGGCACGAUGUACGCCAUCAAAGCGCUGAAGAAAGGAGACAUCGUGGCUCGUGAUGAGGUGGAGAGUUUAAUGUGCGAGAAGCGCAUCUUUGAGGUGGUGAACCUGUCGCACCAUCCCUUCCUGGUCAACCUGUUUGCGUGCUUCCAGACCCCGGAGCACGUGUGUUUUGUGAUGGAGUACACGGCGGGAGGCGACCUGAUGAUGCACAUCCACACGGACGUCUUCACAGAGCCACGAGCCGUGUUUUAUUCCGCCUGCGUAGUUCUUGGACUUCAGUUCCUCCACGACAACAAGAUUGUGUACAGAGACCUCAAGCUCGACAACCUGCUGCUCGACACGGACGGAUACGUGAAGAUCGCCGACUUUGGGCUUUGUAAAGAAGGAAUGGGCUUCGGGGACCGGACUAGCACCUUCUGUGGGACGCCAGAGUUUUUGGCCCCGGAGGUGCUGACAGACACGUCGUACACCCGGGCAGUGGACUGGUGGGGCCUCGGGGUCCUCAUCUAUGAAAUGUUGGUGGGAGAGUCUCCAUUCCCAGGGGACGAUGAAGAGGAGGUGUUUGACAGCAUAGUGAAUGAUGAAGUGCGUUAUCCACGCUUUCUCUCUACUGAGGCUAUCGGCAUCAUGAGAAGGCUGUUGAGGAGAAACCCUGAGAGAAGACUGGGCUCUGGUGAAAAGGAUGCAGAGGAGGUGAAGAAGCAGCCGUUCUUCAGAAGUGUGGACUGGGAGGCGUUGCUGCAGAGGAAGCUGCCCCCUCCCUUCGUCCCCUCCAUCGUGGGCAAAGAGGACGUCAGCAACUUCGACGAGGAGUUCACCACCGAGGCGCCGACGCUCACGCCUCCGCGGGAGCCUCGCGUGCUCUCGCGCAAAGACCAGGAUAGUUUCCGGGACUUCGACUACGUCUCCGACCUCUGCUAGUGGACCUCCAGGGGCAGGGGGGGGGGGCCUCACAGGCCUCGAGGAAUGUUUUAUUUUGAAGGAUUCACGGCCGAGCGUCUCCGCUGACUUUCUCUUAGUUACACUGUGAACAAAUGAGUCUUUAUCAUGUGUGUCUGCAGACUUUUUAAAGAUGGAGGACUGACGAUAUGAAACGCCCACACAGGUAGCUGACGGGCGGACAUGUUCCAUCACAAAGGACAAACCUCUCUCUCUCUCUCUCUCUCCAAUCAUUGUACAACACAGCAGUGAGUUGUGUUCCUCUGCCUUUAAACGCCUCCUCUCAUGUAUCAUCGUGGUCGUCGUCUGCAGCUGUGAGAGGCGGAGCUCGCCGUCUUCUCGUACUGUUUUCUGAGGCUUCCUGUCGGCCUCUAAUAACAAUGCCUUACAUUUGUAGUUGUGCGUGAUCCACAUAAAAGCAUUUUUUGUUUUUGUUUUUAUUGUGUGAGCCUCUGUCUGCAGGAGGAGCGACCCGACCGUGCUGCAGGAAAAGAACUGUAAAAAAAAAAAAAAGGAGUUGAAAGAGCGUUGGACUUUGUAGACCUACGGUGAAGACGAAGAGUCAUGCACGGUGAACUCUAGGGACAAGAACCACUGUCUUACGUUUUAACUACUAUUAAAAACUUUAGCUGCUUGGGUUUUAAUUUCUGCAACAAAAAACGUUUAGCAGAACAGUGACCCCCAAUUUCCACUUUCCCUGUGCGUGCAUGCGGUGCGGCGCGGCGGUCUCUGGAGCGACACUACGCUCUGCUCCGUUUUCAAAUCCGCUGCAAGAACGAGUCGAGCUGGACAGAAUAGAACAAGCCAAACAGGAAGUAAGACAAAGAGAAGCACAGAGUGUCUGCUCAAUUUCAAAAUAAAACAAUGUACAAACUCACGAUCGGUUUUUUCUAUCGUUGCGUCAAAACAGCCGCCGAAUGAACAACAAAUCAUCCUCAGAAAGACGGAGCAACAUGUUUUAUUUUUUGUUUUUUUUCCUGUGUGAUCUUGUAGUUCUACUGUGAUCUUGUAGUUCUCUCUGUGAUGUGGGUACAGCGGCUCAAGGCUGCGCUCCAGAAACAGAUCCAGUGUGGCAGAGCGCGCGCCGUCCGACUGAGGAAAACCGUGGCGCUGACGGAGGAAGUGGAAAUUGGGGGGUUAUAUUUGACAGCUGACUCCAUGACACAUUGUUCAGUACACAAACCUAUCUUUUUCUAAUUAGACAUUUGAGUACAGAACAUGUGGAAUCUGGAACUGGUGUAGCAGACUGAAUCACAACCACCAGCAUAGAAAAGCUUUUUUUUUUUUUUUUUUUUUCAGCCAGGACGUUUAAUUUUAAUUUUAAUUUGUGAAAACAUGAACACUAAGACAUGACGUCCAAGUCGCACACUGUCCUCUUUGAGACACGCUCGUUAAGUUAUCGACAUGCUAACCGUGUUGUUUGUACAUCAAAUCAGUUACUUCACCAUCAGGAUUAUUCCACCUGACUCAAGAGAUCAACAACUGGCUGAGAAACAGGUUUCUUUUUUUAAAUCCUACGCUGGAGCAGGGUGUGUUUCAGUCACAUCUUUUUUUGCAACCAUGAAUUUUUUGACUUUAUAGCGAUUUGGGGAAAUGUGUGUGUGUGACCUACGCAGGGGCGUGUCCAGACUUUUUCUUAAUAGGGGUUACCCACCUGGGGGCCACCGUCAUGCAGGGGCGGCAUGAAGGUUUUGGGCACACAUGCAAAUUAAUUCAAUUGUUUUUCCCCUUUCUUUACCAAUACUUGCUUGUUAGUAACAGAAUUUGGCAGCAUAUAAAUCUUACCUUGAUUCAAAACAAAUUCACAAUUUAAAGUACAAAAGAAAUUGCACGCUGUCUCAGUUGCAAAAAAAACUUUAUUAGUAAGCGAGUUCAUCGUUUGUUAGAAAGUGUGCAUGCAAAGUAUUUAUUUACAACUGAAAACCACGACCAUUAGCUUAGUUGAUUUGUACUUAAGUCCCGCCUCUGAUUACACAAAAUGCCAAUCAUGGAUUUAGAUUUGGGGGUGUCCCAUCAGAUUUCAAUGGGGGGGGCCCAUGCCGCCCCUCUGGCCACGCCCCUUCACCUAGGGUUUCACGAUCCCAGAAUUUUAAGCUUUUGUACGAUACCAGUAAAAUCGAAUGAUAUCAAAACCCACGGCAACAAGAAGAGAAGUCCUAGGCGAUCGAUACCGGGUCAUCUCUUGUUUUGAGUGGACAAAAUAUGAAGGAAAACUCCUGAACGCCGUCGAAAAGGCUCAAAUACCUAAACAAGAGUUUGUUCCCCUCUAUCUCUCUCUCACUCUCUCUCCUCUCUCUCCCUCUCUCUCUCCUCUCUCUCCCUCUCUCACUCUCUCUCUCUCUCUCUCAUUCUCGCUUGCGGCAGCUUUUGGUUAAAAAUGGCUGAAGAUCUGUCUCUCUUUUACUCUUUUUUUUUAAGCCUCGGUGCUCUUGGAUACUUUUGAUCGCGUAUCAAAGAGUACUGAAGUAUCGAACCUUGGCACCACAAGCACAACGAACCUCAGCCGUCGCUUUCUGGAGAAAAGAAGCAUUUUCAAGCUUCGUACAGUGAACUCUGUCCCAGCUCACUACUUCUCUUGGCAAUACAGUUUCCUGACAAACAAUAUGGUUUGAGGGGAAACGGAGGAGAAUAUGAGCGAGUACUCCAAACUUCCAUCACUCUUCAGCAUUUCUGAGUACAGGAGCAGUUUGAUGUGAAGCUGUACGUAAGAUGGUGUGGCUUUUACUCAUCCUGUGUAUGACAAAAUGAAACCAUGUGAGAGUAUGAGAUGACUUAUUUUAUAAAGAAAAGCUGGAGUGAA